AUGACGAACUAUUUCUCGACUCCCUAUCUCCUCGGCGCCGCAGUUGUCCUGUACAUCGGCUACAGGCUCGUCCAGCAGAUCAACACCGAUGCGCGAAUUCGCAAGCUGGGCGCUCGAGCGCCAGUCCGAAAGACAUACUUCCCGUAUGGCGUUGACAUGGCAUACGAAGUUGUCACCCAUGCUCUGAAAGACAAGUCGUACGAGCUAUGGGUUGCCAUGUUCAACAAGUGGUGCGGUCCAGGACGAUACACAAUUGAGGCUGGCGUUGGCGAGCGCGUGGUUCUGACCGCAGACCCCGAGAAUAUCAAGGCUAUUCUUGCGACACAAUUCAAGGACUACGGCAAGGGAGAGCAGUUCAGGAAAGACUGGCACACCUUCUUGGGCAACGGUAUCUUCACUACCGACGGGCAACUAUGGCACAACUCACGCCAGUUGAUCCGACCGCAAUUCGUCAAGGACCGCCUCAGCGACAUCGACAUCUUCGAACAGCACACCCAAAUCCUUAUGUCCAAGAUCGCCGAGAGUGAGGAGAUCGAUACGCUUGAUAUGAUGUUCAGGUACACAUUGGAUGCCGCUACACAUUUCCUCUUGGGCCAGAGUGUGGGCAGUCUUGACGAGCCACAGACCGUCUUCGCAGAUGCUUUCUACAACGCUCAGCGUAUACAGAGCUUUGUGUCUAAGAUUGGACCUCUAAACUGGCUUAUCCCCCGCAAGUACUUAGGCUUCUACGACUCGAUCAAGAUCAUCAACGACUUCGUCAACCCCUUCAUCGACCGCGCCCUCGCGCUCUCCCCAGAAGAACUCGAGAAGAAGACAAAUCACGAUGAAGGCUACACAUUCCUCCACGCGAUCGCAGGAUACACACGCGACCGAGACAUGCUACGCGACCAACUCGUCUCCGUCCUCCUAGCAGGCCGCGACACAACCGCGUGCACCCUAACAUGGGUAAUCUACCACCUAUCCAUCGAUCCAACCAUACUCGCCAAGCUACGUGCGGAGAUUCUCCAGACUGUCGGUCCAGAGCGCCAGCCCACCUACGAAGACCUGAAGAACAUGAAGUAUCUCCAACAUAUCCUGAACGAAACCCUCCGUCUCUACCCGGUCGUCCCAUACAACAUCCGCCUCGCCCUCAAAGACACCACGCUUCCCGUGGGCGGCGGGCCCGACGGCACGCAACCUAUCGGCAUCCUCGCCGGCACACCAAUCGGCUACUCAACCCUCGUCAUGCAGCGCCGCGAAGACUUGUACCCACCCACGUCUGCUUCCUUCCCUCCGCCCUCGGUCUUCGCGCCUGAUCGAUGGGACAACUGGAACCCGAAGACGUGGACCUAUGUGCCGUUCAACGGCGGGCCUAGGAUCUGCAUUGGCCAACAGUUUGCGCUUACCGAGAUGGGGUAUACGCUUGUUAGAUUGUUCCAGAGGUUUCAGACGGUGGAGAACAAGAUGGGUGGAGCGGAUCCGGGGAUGCAUGCGGAUAUUGUAUUGCAGCCGGCCAAGGAGAUUAAGGUCGUCUUCAGAUAG